CGGUAUUUGGGUGAAAAAUUCAUUCUCCAUUUGGACAAGACAACAUCAAAUCAAAUUUCUCUUGUGGGCUCUUUCUCCUCUUCAAGUCAGACAGCACGUUUUAUUUUACUGCUCUUUUGAAGUGGAUUGGCAGCAUAAUUCCUUCCACAGAAUUACCCACUGCUCAUUCUCUCAUUUAUACAUAUAUAUACUUUGUUCUAAUGGCUGUAAAUCAAAGUGGUAAAAGAGUAACUGCUGCUUCUGCUAGAGCUCACACCAGAAAAUCCAAGAAUAACACCCCAUUUCGUCUUUCUUCAAAAUCUUGUUCGUUCCUUUUAUCUUUCUUGAGCCAAGGGUCUACCGGAAACAACCUCUCUGCCUUCUUAAAGUUAUGAUUGCACAAAUAGCAAUAGCAACAACAGUUGGAGUGUUGGGAUGGGCUUAUCUGGCAUUGCUUAAGCCUCCCCCUCCUAAAGUUUGUGGCUCACUGGGUGGUCCUCCAGUGACUUCGCCAAGGGUCCAACUUAGUGAUGGGAGAUUUCUAGCCUAUAAAGAGGAAGGCAUUGCGAAGGAGAAGGCAAAGUACAAGAUCAUUAUUGUUCACGGCUUUGAUAGUUCUAAAGACUUGACAUUACCUAUUUCCCAGGACCUCAUACAAGAGCUCCAAAUAUAUCUCCUACAAUAUGAUCGUGCUGGUUAUGGAGAGAGUAAUCCACAUCCAAAGCGCUCAGUAAAGAGUGAAGCACUUGACAUUGAGGAGCUAGCGGAUAAGUUGCAACUAGGACCCAAGUUCUAUGUGCUUGGCUUGUCCAUGGGAGCCUAUCCUCUGUGGAGUUGCCUAAAGUACAUACCGAAUAGGCUGGCUGGAGUUGCUCUUGUUGUUCCAUUUGUAAAUUACUGGUGGUCCUGUUAUCCUGCAAAACUAUCGAAAGAAGCUUUGGGAAAGAUGCUUGCUCAAGAUCAGCGAACAUUUCGGGUUGUACAUUAUGCCCCAUGGCUGGUUCAUUGGUGGAUGAACCAAAAGUGGUUCCGCGCUUUAAGUAUUACGGAAGGGAAUAUGGCCAUAUUUAGUCCUCCAGAUCUAGAAAUAGUGAAACAGUUAUCAGCUGCCCCUAGUCCUGGUCAGGAAAAAGUUCGACAGCAGGGCGAGUUUGAAUGUUUGUAUCGGGACAUGAUAAUAGCUUUUGGAAACUGGGACUUUGCCCCAACGGAGAUUACAAAUCCUUUUCCAAAGAACGAAGGUUCUGUCCAUCUUUGGCAAGGCCACGAUGACAGAAUUAUCCCACGUGAACUCAACCGUUAUCUAGCAGAGAAGCUUCCGUGGAUUCAAUAUCAUGAGGUUCCUAAUGCUGGACAUUUGUUAAUUUACAAUGCUAGUUUUUGUGAAACCAUCUUGAGGAAACUUUUGACUAGUUGAGUGAAACUGUAUGAUGUAAAUUUAGCAUCGAUCAUGUAUCUGUGAGUAAGACGGUAACUACCCUGAGCAAACGUUUGAUUAGCAACUUAAGUACUUAACUGAUAAUUGUGAACUUCAUUAGCUUUUGUAAUAAAUCUGAGGUAAAAGUUUAUCAUUA